AAGUCAAAGUCAUCUUACAAAACCUCUAUUUGUCAACAAAACAAAAAAACCUUCAGUUUGUUCACAUCAUAUGCAAAAAUGGAGUCACAAGCGAAUCUAACAUGCCAAAAUCUCCCCACAAUCUUCUCCUCUUUCGUUGACACAUUUGUCGAUUUCUCUGUCAGCGGUGGUAUUUUCUUACCGCCGCCAAUAACCCCAAAACCCCAAAAUCCAUUACAAACAAUCUUCCCUUCUCCGACUCGUUUAAUUGCUAUAGGUGAUAUCCAUGGUGAUUUUCAAAAAUCCAAAGAAUCCUUCAAACUUGCUGGAUUAAUUGAUGAUCAUGAUAAAUGGUGUGGUGGGUCAACAACAGUUGUACAAAUAGGUGAUGUGCUAGACCGUGGUGGUGAAGAGUUGAAAAUUCUUUAUUUUCUUGAAAAAUUGAAAAGGGAAGCUGCAAAGGUAAAUGGCAAUUUAAUUACUAUGAAUGGUAAUCAUGAAAUUAUGAAUGUUGAUGGUGAUUUUAGGUAUGUUACUAAAGAGGGCCUUAAAGAAUUUCAAGAUUGGGCUAUGUGGUAUUCUGUAGGUAUUGAUAUGAAAAAGUUGUGUAAUGGGUUGGGUGAAAAAGGGCGUUUUAAAGAUCUUCUUGAAGGGAUUCCUUUAGAAUUUCGCGGUGUUAGACCGGAAUAUUUUGAAGGGAUUAGAAUCCGUAUUGCAGCAUUAAGGCCAAAGGGACCUAUUUCGGAGAGGUUUUUAUCGAAAAAUCAAACAGUUGUUGUGGUUGGUGAUUCCGUGUUUGUACAUGGUGGGCUUUUGCCUAAACAUGUGGAUUAUGGAUUCGAGAAUGUGAAUGAGGAAGUGAGGGAUUGGAUUUGUGGAUUGAAGGGAAGAGUUUCAAGGGAUUUAGUGAGGGGAAAGGAUUCUAUUGUUUGGUUGAGGAGGUUUUCGAAUGAGUUAGCGAAGGAUUGUGAUUGUUCUACUCUUGAACAUGUGCUUGCUACUAUUCCUGGAGCGAAGAGGAUGAUAAUGGGACAUACGAUUCAAGAAAGUGGGAUAAACGGAGUUUGUGGUAACCAAGCUAUAAGGAUUGAUGUGGGAAUGUCAAAGGGAUGUACUAAUGGAUUGCCGGAGGUUUUAGAGAUUGAUAGGUAUAAAGGGUUGAGAAUUUUGACAUCGAAUCCGUUGUAUCAAAAUGGAAAGGAACCUUCUUUGGAAGCUAAACCUAAGGAUGGUCUUGGUUUCCUGCUCCCUGAACUAGGACCAAAGCAAGUCGAGGUGAAGGCAUAAUUGGAUGAUUGAACUCACGAGGAUCUAAUCUUUCUUUUGGAAUUCUUGGGGAUCGUAUUUCUCCAUUGUCGGUAGUUUUGUCAAGCCAGAUUUUGUUGGAUUACCGGACAUGAAGCUUGUCUAACACAGUCAGAACUGUAGAGAAGGGGGAUGCUGUACAGCAGGCGUUUCAUGCGUGAAGGAAGUGAAUAAGUGGUCAGUUAUAUGUUUCUACACUGUCAGGCAGCAAGGAAGCUGUAACCUGUGGAGUAUGUUUCUUAGCUUAUACAUUGACUUCCACAUGGACCGAAGGAUAAUUAGAAGAGGACAGAAAGGGUAUUUUGCUAAUUGACUGGAGAGGUGUUUGGAGGGGACGACAAGUUUUAUGCACAAACUUAGACAUACAUGUUUGUAGCUUCUGGCCUCAUUACUAUAGUUCCAUGGCUCUUUUGAGUCUGCUUCUUUCUUGACAAGCUGAAGAAGCUGUUCGAUCUGUCAGUGUUGUUCUGUUCAAACUCUGCACUCUGCAGUUGCAAAACUGAUGGUCUGAGGUUGAGGUGUUGAUUGGCAUCAAGUCCUACAGUGGAUAUGACAAAAGUAAGUUUUCGCUGUAAAUUUAUGCAUCUUCACUCUUCAUCGGUACAGUCUUAAAGUAGUGAAGUGAGGAGAUGUUGGUGACACAUAUUUGGCUACUGGGAACUUCUUUUGAAUCAACACUGCCUCGGGGUAUACCUUAGAUGAUGCUUGCAAGAUAGCACACAAUCUUUCACGAGGCUGAGAGUGAGGAACCGUGUAUGGUUAGAUGAACUGGGAGAGCACAUUUUUAUGUCAAAUUUUGGUUUAGGAAUGUAUUGACAUACAUACAUUAGAAAA